UUUCUAUCCGGGUCUUGCUCUGUAACUACUUCCUUGUUUGACCAAGCUUUGGAGAUGAGUUGGAGCUUAGUUACUUUGCUUACAGCAUAUGGCUGUAUGAUUAUUGAUAUGACAACGCUUUAAUGUAUCACUGAUGAAGUAUAAAUUAGAAAACAGGAAGCAGACAGAACCGGCAGUCAGGUUGUUCCAUCAGAGAUGGGUCACACUACAUGGACCAGCUGUUAAGUUUUUGAGCCUUGAUAUUUAACAUUGUUCUACAAUGGCCGGUCACUUCCGUAGCUACAUUUGGGACCCGGUCCUCAUUGUGUGUCAGAUUGUGUUGAUGCAGUGCAUCUAUUACAGUUUCUUGGGCCUGUGGCUGGCUGGAGUUGACAGUCUGGUGCAAACAAAUCGCUCACUGGACCAGAUCUUCAGCUAUGAAGUCCUUGGAUUUGCCACGAUGCAGGGCAGGCUCUCAAUGAUGGCAUUGAUCUUGAACUCCCUUACCUGCGCUCUCGGACUAUGGCUCUUCAUCCGUCGUGGGAAGCAGUGCCUGGACUUCACAGUUACCGUGCACUUCUUCCACAUGAUCGGCUGCUGGAUCUAUAAUGCCCAUCUUCCAGCUGCCCUGUCUUGGUGGCUCAUCAAUGUAGCUUGCAUGGCAUUGAUGGCGGUGAUUGGAGAGUACUUGUGCAUGCGGACUGAACUCAUGGCCAUUCCAGUCAACAGUGGACCUAAAUCUAACCUUUAAUUUUCUAUUGAUUCUCUGUGCUGAACUCUGUGAACAGUUAAUGUUUGAACUUGCUCAGAGGAGUCCCUCUGUUGGCAAAUGGGAAAAUUCACCAAUAGUAGAGAAUAUGUUGAACUAACAGUACUGCUGAUGAGCUGCUUAUUCAGAAGUGUCUAUUAAACAUUGCCCAGUUUAAAAACUACAAUGUUAAGACAUUUUUCAGUGUUUAUGACUGCAACUGAUAUGACUUCCCCUUAAUGGAUCUCCAGUCUAUCAUAGGUUACCUCCACAGCCAAGGCUGGUACCCAUUUACAGCUGGGUGGGACUGGGACAAUGCAGAUGAGUGGUCAUGUCCAAUGGGGAAUUUAACUCAAGUCUACAUAUUUGUAGUCCAACUCCUAUCCCACAGAGUGAUUUUCAUUUUUCUUUCAUGGUGAAACGUAGUACACGCAUCUCAUUAUCUUAAGUCUGUUAAAGACAGGUGUUUGGAUUUGCUGUAUUCAGACCAAACACCGGUGACCUACAAACCAGCCGCUGAGUAUUAGACAUAGUAAAAAUGUGUGUUGUAAAAAGCAGGUGUUUCUUUCUUCAUGUUUAUUCUGACUGACGACAGUAGUGUGUAAUGAAUUCACAGCAUUUAAUUUUUCAGUUGAAAUUGUAAUCUUUAGACUAAUCUGUUUUGGAGCUGUUUUUAUAAUGCAGCUAAAAUGUUAUGUACAUGUGUCUGGUUUUUAAUUCCAAAACAUACAAGGUCAAGCUUACAAAAGCAAGUUUAUUUUUACUGCUGUUGAUGGAUUUUGUGGAUCUAAGCCCAGAAAUGUUUUUGUUCCUUGGCAAGCUGGUGCAGCUUUUUUUUUUUUUUUGCCCAGUUAUAGCGCUGUUUGUUUCUGUCUGUUUGUCACAAUAUAUUAGGCUGACUAGGAGGCCACUCGAGAUGGUGUCAGCCUCCAGCUGUGUUCUGACAGGAGUGUGCGAUUCUGAAAACUCGUUUAUGAUGAUGUCAGGUGGAAAGUCAUCAUAUGUACCACUGCUUCUAAAACAAUUUUGGAGCCUCCUAUAAAAAUGCUCUGCCGUUUGUUAUUACUGCCAUAAUACGCAUGCUUCUGCUUUGACAUCAUUACAUGCAGUGCUCUUCACCUCAGCAUCUUUGCAGCUUUUUUCUGGCCAUGUCCUCCAGCAGUAUUCAGAUACAAUGCCACCUUUGUACUGUUUUGCUUAUGCUUAUUUUUGGAGAUUUAUCUAAAUGCAAAUAACUCAGCAGCAAGUGUUUUGUUCAUAGAGGCAGAUACUGUUAUUUUCUUUUCAUGUGGACAGACAUUUCUACUGCCUCCUUCACCAGCACUCAUCAAUGUAAAUUACAUUCUCUGACCCAUUUCUGGUGCUGUAAUACCACACACGGCAGACAUAUUUUCUUCCUGAUGAAUUAAAGUCUGGUGUCUUUGCACCGGUAUUGCACAUACUUGGCAUAUGUCAUUUAAUUAUACAUGGCCUGUUCA